CAAAAUAAACUAUGAGUAUUCAGAAGAUUUAAACAGGAUCAGCAUUGCCGGCUGUUCUCUUUCUAUAUUGGGUCUUGCUGUCACAGCAGUUUACCAAAUUGCAACCAGGAAGUCAAGGGGAUGCAGCCCGACUCUGCUUUUGGUGAACAUCUGCUUGAGCAUGAUGAUUUUCUACCUUCUCUUCAUCUUUGGCAUUAACAACCCUGUCGAACAUGCAAAAGAGGAUAAUGUUUCCGAAAAAAAUCUCGUUCUUGUGUCAGAUUAUCAUCAAUACUCUGAUGAGGGUCCUUGUACGGCAUUUACAGCCUUGAUUCAUUACUUCUUGUUGGCCACAUUCACUUGGAAUACUCUGUAUGGAAUGAAUGUGUUCCUCCUCUUCAAAACAACCACUGGAACACCUCCAUGGUUUCCCAAGGUGUCCAUAGGAGUCGGCUGGGGGUUUCCUGCCAUCAUUGUUGGUAUAUCACUGGGUUCCACUUACACUGUUGAAGAUCCUUUAAGUUAUCGACAAGAAGAGUUUUGCUGGUUGGCUUCCUCGGACCCCAAACAGAAUUUCGAUAUGAGGAAGCCAAUGUUCUGGGGAUUUCUGCUUCCCUUGGUGAUCAUGCUGAUCUUCAACAUGGCAAUAUUUCUGCAUUUCUCUCAGAACACCUGCAAGACCGUCCCUAAUUUAGUCCGUUUGCAGCAAACUCCUUUAAAGAAGAAGUUUCUGAGUAGUUUUUCUAUGGCUGUGAUGCUUGGUCUAUCGUGGUUCACUGGUUACAUUUUGCUUUUCACCCAAGACCCAAUUCUUCAACUUAUCCUGAGCAUAGUUUUUUGCGUCUGCAACACAACACAGGGCAUACAAAUAUUUAUUUUAUUCACUCUGAGAUCUGUAAUAAACUCAAAUCCAGCCAUUCUCAAUGCCGUGAAUGCACCCAACAUUGGCAUUCACAGGAAAGUGUUCUUCCUAUGGAAAGUUAAGGCAGAAGAAAAUGUUGAAAUCUACAGACCCACUGAUCCUGACUCCGCUGAGAUGCCCCAGGUCAUUGCUGAGCUGAAGUAGAUCAUUGGAGGCUGUGCUGAUCACAUCACAUCAGUAUAAAGGCACAACAUGAAGUCAAUCUCUGUGAAAGACCUCCUUAAAUGGAUGCUGAGAAAGGGGGAUACCAACUUGAAUUAUGGUGGAUGCAUGUUUGAUGGGUGUCAUUUUUUUUAAGAAAUUCCGUUAGAUUUAUUUAGUAUGCAACUCAGUUUUAUAUAAAAGGCAUUUUAGAUCCGUAUCAAUUUCUUAAAAUGUGAUGUUUUAAUUGCAUUUAAUUCAGAAACUGAUCAUAGGCAACAAUUUUCACAGUUUAAGUUGAAUAAACGAUUUAAUAGCACAAUGUAAGUAAUUUUUAGAUUACAGACGAUUAUUUUCACAGUUAUUAUCAGUAACAUACAUCUUCUGAAAAAUUGUGCAGUAAUACCAUGUAGUCCAUAUAUUUCAUAUUUUCUGUUUUUCUUUUUAUCUCUCCUUUCAAUACUAAUACAGUUUGCAUUUUAAAGCUGCUUUUCAAUAAUGAAAAAUUGUGAAAAGUGCUAUAGAAACAAAAAAUACAUUUAUAUGAUAUUGAUUUGUAUUCUGAAGCUUGGCUACUGACUUUUCUCUUAAUAAAAUAAUAUUGAAUAUAAAACUCUACACUAAACUUAAAAUUUUAAUCAACUUGAUAUUAAAAUUGUGGAGGAGUUGCUAUAAAUUACAAACAAUAAAGUUGAAAUCACUUAAUUCAACUUUAUUUUUAUCAUUUAUCAUUUUUAUUAAUAUUCAGUGUAUAUUGCAAAGUUGCCAACAAAAGGUCUGCGUAAUAUAACCAGCCCAAUAGCCAAUCAAAACUAGCCCAAUAAUAGCCAACUGUCCUUACACCAAAUUCAAGACUCAAAAUGCCACUACCAUACCUAAAAUAAAAUACAUAUUUUAAUUUCACUUUUAUGCAAAACACACAUUUUUAAUGUUAUAAAUAAUAUCAUCAUGCUUUAAAAUCAACACAAAAUUCUUCCACCUUCAACCUGCUGACAAAACACAACAGUUUAAAAGUGGCCCAAUUCUGUGUGAAAACCGUGGACUUGGCAACACUAUAUUGUUUAAGGAAUUACUUUUAAAGGCUUCUGCAAAUAACUCAGCCUAAUGCUGUUUUGCAUGUUGGAAAAUUAAGUAGUAUUUUUGUUAUUUUUAACAAACUUUCAAUCAAAAUUUUAAUAUCGUUUAAUAUCGUUUUAAACUAUAUUCCGAAG